CUGUAUAACCUUUAUAAUAUGGACCCCAAAACUUCUUCUUUUUUUUCUCUUUAAUUCUUUUUCUUUAUUGCAGGAGAAAUUAAUGAAAGAAUAAUAAAAGCUAUAUGCCUUCCUCUAUUUUGUGCCAAUCACUCAUCAUUUCUCUUUAGCUCCAUAGCUAGGCUUCCCUCAUGGAAAAACAUAUCAACUUAGAGAUUGAUACUCAAGACAACUUCCUUGCCUCAUCUUCCAUCACUUCCUGCGCUUCCUCAUCGUCCUCGUCCUCUUCUUCUUCCAUAACCUUUCCAUGCUCAAAAAUUGAAGAAAACUGUGCAGCUCCAAAAGGUUCAUCGAGAAAAACUCAAGAUGAGAGUAGGAAAAGGCAAAAGACUGACAAUGAGAAUGGGAAUGAGCACCCAACAUAUAGAGGAGUAAGAAUGCGGAGUUGGGGCAAAUGGGUGUCUGAAAUCAGAGAGCCAAGGAAGAAAUCAAGAAUAUGGCUUGGAACAUACCCUACAGCCGAAAUGGCGGCUCGAGCCCACGAUGUAGCUGCUCUAGCCAUCAAAGGGAGCUCUGCUUACCUGAACUUCCCCGAACUGGCACACGAACUUCCCCGUCCGGUCACCAAGUCUCCUAAGGACAUUCAAGCUGCCGCUGCCAAGGCAGCAACUGCGGCUUUCCCCGAAAGGACUCAGUACCAAGAUGAAGCGGAGCAUAUGUCAGAAUCACACAAUUUGGCCUUGGACAACACACAAGAAUCAACAAGCUCUCCUUCCGCUGAUUCUGAUGACACAUUGUUUGACCUGCCGGAUCUAUUCAUCGGCGGAGUUGAUCAAAGGAAUGGAUUUUGCCAAUAUUCUUCAUCAUGGCAGCUGUGUGCAGCGGACACUGGCUUCCGGUUGGAGGAGCCAUGCUUAUGGGAGUACUAUUGGAGAAAUUCUUUUGACACCAAAAGUAAAUAACCUGGAAAAUUUGGAUACAUUUAACCACCAAAGUCGCUGCAUUAAUUCUAUCAACAGAAAGAAACCCACCUGGGAAAAUUAUGUUUCAUUUGAACCCUGAAUUUACUGUCUGUACUAAUUGGGUUCUCUCUGGAAUUGCAGAAAGAUUACAUUUUCCUGCUUGUCUCAUCGAAACAACACGAGGACGCACGGUGAAACUUUAUUGCAGUUUAAUAUAUGAGCACAAUAAAGAUGAUAGAUGACCGUUUUCUUUACCUGUAUGAGCAUGUUUUCAAGUACAUAUAAAUUUAGCUGGUUGCUCUCUCUUUGCA